GUUUAAAUAAGCACAACCUAGACCCGUCCAGCAUCAGUAACGAAACGACCCAGCCUACAGCAAGUCAUUUGGGAUCUGGAUUGCAACCGUAACAGUAACAACCGCGUGCAGUAUGGACUUUGUUUUCCGAGCAUUCUUUUUGCAGUUCCUGCUAUUCGGACUGCUGGUGACACACGUACGACCGCAAACCGGAGGAACCGACUGCCAUGGCAAGGACUACCUGUGUCUGGACGAUGUUCGAUUUCAACUUUGUGUAGAUUAUGGUGAUGGGAAACCGACGACCGUUAACGAUGAGGUGCAGGUCUGCCCGCAGGGAACGUUCUGUAGCAACAGUGGACACUUCGAGUGUGACUCGUUCGUGCCACCGUCAACCACGGCGGAACCUCACGUUAAUGUGGAUGAUGACGCUACAGCACAGCCAGAAACGGAAGAAAACGCUACGAAUGCGCCAGAAGUAGAGGUAGAAGAUGCUACCCUGCCUGAAACGGAUGCGCCUGCAAGCAACCCUGCUACAGAAAGCACCAACGAUGAAGCUACACCAGCAAACCCCGAAGCAAGUGGUCCACUCGAACCGGUCGAAGAAGAAGUCGCGGUGGUAGAAGAUGAGCCUGCGCAAGAAUCUUCAACCGCCGCCGUUGAAGCGGAGACUAACGAAGUUCCGGAAGAUGAAGGUGCAGUUCCAUCGGAAGGUACCGAAUUACCGGAACAGACGGAAACGACCGUAGCAUCGACGGAGACGGUCCCAGCGCAACCCACGGAGGAAUCAACAUCGGCCCCCGAAGAAGAAACGGUCGAAGCAACGACUGCACAAUCAAACAAUCCGGAAGGUGAAGAAUCUCCCGUAGAAACGACACUGGCACCAGUUGAACCGGAACUAACCAAUCCACCGGCAGAGGAAUCCACGACUUCAGCUCCCGUAGAAACAACGGUUGCACCGGCGACCGAACAAGAACCAGCUGCAACGGAUGCUCCCCAAGCAGAAGUUAGCGAAAACACGGAAUCGGUUGUAACGACCGAAGAGGCCGUUGUUUCGGAAUCGAAUCCAACGACUGAGGUUUCAGAAAACACAGAAGCGGUAGAGCAAUCUUCCACGGAUGCUGCUGAAGUCGUCACGACGGAAGAAAGUUUGCCAUCGGAACAAUCAACGGAGGGUGUUGCAACUGAGACCGAAGAGUCGCAAGACUCAUCAACGGCCGCCUCAGCAUCUGAAGUGCCUGAGCAGCAGGAAGAAACGGAAGCACCUGUAGAAAAUGGUAGCGAAGCUCCCGAGACAACUGAUGGGCCACAAACGGAGGAACAGGAAGGUACCGAAACCGAAACUUCUGAGCCUUCGGUCGAUCCAGAAGUGACAGAAUCAACUUCCGAGCCAGAGGCUUCCGUAUCCACCACUGUAAGCUCCGAACCAUCAACGGAAACCGAAGCUCCAGAUACCCCUGAGGAACCAGAAACUUCCGAAUCGAGCAGUGUCAGUGAGGAACCUUCUGAGACAACCACCACCACCACUACCACCACCACUGUCCCUUCAACUUCUAGCCCCGAAGAAAACUCGUCUUCCGACCCUAACACCAGCGAGUCCGGUUCCAACGAAGGAUCCUCUGCCCAGGACUCCACGGAAGCCCCGUCCGCUGAAUCCGGUUCCGAAUCGAACGAAAGCAACCCAACGGUACCGCAAGCUCCCGGUUCCAGUUCAUUCGUGUGCCCUGCCGCAGGUCGCUUUGCAAACCCUACCGACUGUCACAAGUACUACGUCUGCUUCUGGCUACCGUUCGGACUGUACAGCCUCGAGCAGAAUUGUCUGGCGGGAUACGCGUACAACCCGACGCUGGAACGGUGUACUGCCGACCAGAGCGUUUGCUUCCCGGGAGAGUUUACGUGCAUGGGACCGGGUCGCUUCCCGGAUCCAACCGAUCCGACCCAGUAUUUCUGGUGCGUGUGGAACAUGUUCGGUGGCUACCUGCAGUACAAGAUGCAGUGUCCGUUGGGCCAGGUGUUCAACCCGUUCCGUGGUCGUUGUGCGUUUGUCGUAGCGGGACGUGCGCUUCCGCUGCCGGAUUUGUUGGAAGAGGAAGAAGGCGUUGCAGUUGCUGAGGAAUCGACUCAAGCGGAUAGUGCCGUUGUGGAGCCAGUUCAACCAGCGGAACCUGCGGUGGCACCGGUCGAAGAACAACCGAAGUUGAAGGUAAAGUUCACAUGCCUGGAAGAGGGUACGUUUGCCGAUCCAAACAACUGUGGCCGUUAUUUCGUGUGCACCUUGAAGAAGCUGGACAAGUUCAAGAAGAGCAAGUUCAAGUGCGCUGCUGGAGAACGCUUCGAUCCGCUGGUGAGCAUGUGCGUUGCGGACGAGGAUGCUCUAUGUGAGUAAAUGCUAGGCAAAAGAAUCUCAAGCUAAUGGCUAGUUAGAAGAGGCAGUGUAUCAGAAAUCGCAUUGUACGUGAAUAAACUAUUUAUCGAUAAAUUUUCAUUUCUGGCAAGUUAGAAA